CUGCCCCGAGCGGAGCCGAACCCGACCCGAGCGGCAGCCGAACCGGAGCCGAGCGCAGCCGAACGGAGCCGAACUGCCCCGAAGGAGCCGCCGGCCGCCGCGGGCCGGCCAUGCCUUGAACCGGCCACCCGCUCGUCCCGGGCCCAUCUCCCGCUCCCCGCUCCCCUCCUCCCCCUCCGAGGGACCCAGGCGUCCUGCGGGGGAGGGGCCCAUGGCCCGGGCAGGGGGCUGAGGGGGGGACGGAGCGACGCUGAGGAACGGGCCGGGCCCGGAGAGACCGAACCGGGGCCGGAGAGAACCGAACCCGCCGGGAACCGGGGCCGGAGAGACCCGAACCGGCGCCGGAGAGACCCGAACCCGCCGAGACCCGGGGCCGGAGAGACCCGAACCGGGGCCGGAGAGACCCGAACCCGUCCGAAGGCAGCAGAACCGUGUCGGAAAUAGCCGAACUCAGCCGAACCGGAGCCUAACGGAGCCGAAAGGACCCGAACCGGACCCGAAGCCACCCGAACCGGGGGCCGAACCCUUCCGGAAAGAGCCGAACCGGAGCCGAACCGGACCCGCCAUGUUGCCCGGCGGCCUCUCGCUGCUCCUGGGGCUCCUCAUGGCCGGGGGUGCCCACGGGGGCUGCGUGGAGGUGGCAUCGGGGACCGAGGCGGUUUUGGGGGAGCCGUUCCGCCUGCUCUGCAUCGCCUGCAAACGCCGCAGCGAGACCCUGGCCGAGGCCGAGGGAGAGUGGUUCUUCCGUGGGGAGGGGGACCCCCACUUCCAGAAGAUCCUGCAGUACAGCCCCGAGGAGGGCCAGUGGGUGGCCCCGGGCCCGUUUUUCGGGGUGCUGGCCUGGAACGGCUCGCGGGGCACGCGGGACCUGCAGGACCUGUCCGUGCGUCUGUCCGCCGUGGGGCGCCCCCACGCGGGGCAGUACGUGUGCCGCCUGCGCCGCAACCUCACCUUCGACGGCUACGUCUACAGCCUGGCGCGCAACAAGACGCUGCGAUUGGCCGUCGUCGAGACGGCCCGGCGGGACCUGGCGUCCAUCGUGUCCGAGAUCCUGAUGUACGUGCUGAUCGUGGUGCUGACGCUCUGGCUGGCGGCCGAGAUGCUCUAUUGCUACCGCAAGGUGGCGGCAGCCGCCCCGGCCCCCGACAGCGCCUCGGAAUAUUUGGCCAUCACAUCGGAGAGCAAAGAGAACUGCGCGGGGGUGCAGGUGGGCGAGUAGCCACGCCCACCGGCCACGCCCACCACCCCCAAGCCACACCCACCUUCCCCAAGCCACGCCCCCUCCACCCUGACCCCUCCCACCCCAUUAAACCACGCCCCCUCUCCCCCCUUCUAUCCACACACAACCCCCUAUUGCCAACUCCCACCCGUGGCCACGCCCCCAACGUGACCACGCCCCCCAGUGGACACACCCCCAAACGUGGCCCCGCCCCCUUUGCAUGGGCCAAAGCUGCUGUGGGGGCUUUUUGGGGUGAAAAAGCCCCGAAAUGGGGUCACUUUGGCGCACGUGCAAUUUCCUUUUUGGGCAAUAAUUAACGUAUGCAAAUGAGCCACAUGCAAAUGAGCAUCCACGCAAUAUGCAAACGAGGACGAGGCGGGUUUGAAUGUACGCUAAUUAACGAGCACUAAAGCAAUCAAUAAAUCAGCUGCUUUGUACACGGGGA